UGGUAGAAAAUCUUCUUUCUUUUCUUUUUUUUUUCUUUCUUCUGGAAUUUGUCAAUUUUUCUAAAGAAAUAUGAUAAAUCUUUUUUACAGGAUAAUUGUUUGUUAAUGAGAUUCUAACAAUGAGUCAAGUGAUAAGGAUUGAGAAAUAAUAUAUAAUAAUAAAUAAUAAAUAAGUGUAACACGAUCGAAAAAAUAUAAUAGAAAAUCGUUUUUAUUGAUUUGAAAGGUUUAUCAAAAAUUCGCUAAAAUCGAUGGAAAAAACCAUCGAGAGAAUUAGAUUGAAGAAUACAGUCAUCAAAUCACAAAUCAUAAAAGCAAAUAAACAAUUGAUUCAAAGAGAACAACUUGGUGAAGAUCUUCGUCCUGUUGAUUUCUACCAAUUAAAAAUACAACGUGAUGAAUACAGAAAAAGAAUCAGACAGUGUGCAGUAUAUAUUCUUCAAAUAAAAAAAGUUAUAGGUCAUUAUAAUACGGCACUGACAAAACAUAAAAGGAAACUGGGACAUCUUACGAAUGAAUUCAAUUCGAUUGUAACAGAAAUUAAUUCUAACAAACUUCAAGCGAAAGAUUUAGAAUUGAAAUGUUUAAUGAAUAAGACAGAAAUAAAAUUUGCUGAAAAACAAGUGGAAUUAUUGAAGACAUUGAUGGAUGAUUACGAAGUGCCAACAAUUUUAGAUCUCGUCAAAUUAAAAAAGGAGCUUCGUACUUUAGAAAAGACAUUCACAAAUUUGAAAAGAUAUGUAAAUGUUGAAGAGAUAAUAUAAAUAUUCGUGUAAAUACUGAAUAAAUUUUAAAGAAAAAAACAAAUAAGAAGAGAUAAAAAAAUUAAAAAAGAAAGAAGAAGAAGAAGAAAAGACAAAGAAAAGAAAUAAUGAUCUAUCUACACGUAAAUAAAAUUAUUUCUAUUUCAAGGCUAAAAAUAUUAUUUUAUGAAGAUCAAAAGAUACGGUAGCACAACGACAGUGUGAAUAAUAAGAUAUAAUUAAUGGUUUCAUACAAAAGAAAUAUGAUCGUUCUGAUGUAUCAUAAAAAAAAAAAAUUAAAAAAAGGACAAGAAGAUAUAAAAAAAAAAGAUCCAUUUGGUAAUUACAUAAACGGAACCAAGCAAAAGUUCAUUAAUCAAUGCGACAAACGUAUUACGAAUUGUGACAUAGAAAAUGUCCUUGCACGUUCCUUUAUAGGGGGAAAAAAAAAAACAGUAUGAAGAACGUGAUUAAGUUCUUAGAAAGAGAGAGAAAGAGAGUAAUUAUCUUACGGUUAUGUCGUCACAGAUUACGCCACUGGAUAAUUACGGAAUUACGGUACGUCUUUGGAACGCGAAAGAAGCUCGACAUUUAUCAAUUAUACUUUCGAUUGAAAGCAAUCAUAGAAAUAAAUAAUCUAAUCAAAUGUAACAUUUACUUCACAAAAAAUUCAUUACAUCUUCCCCGAUAAUUAGAAUAGAAAAAAUAUUUCUUCGAAAUCAUUUCCGUCUAUCGUUAAACGAAAGACAUUAGUAAUAAACAAGUUUAUGAGCAGAGAAGGAAAUGAAAGAUUAAAAGAAAAUAAAAAAAAAGAACAGUAAAAAAACCCAUAGAAAAAGAAAUAUGAAUGUUUGAAGUUUCAUAGAAAUUCCGUUAGCGUUUCCACGCUUAGGUGAGCAGGAAGGGGACAAUAUCGUGAUGUCCCCGUUGAUAAAGGAUGAUUAAGGAAAAAAAAAGAAAAAAGAAAAUAAUACAAAGAAAAUAAUACAAAGAAAAAUAUAAGAAAAAACAUAUUUUUGUAACAUCGAACAAAAUAUAAUAUAUGCGAGGUAGAAAAAAAAC